CCCCGCCCCUGCUAAACGGCAUUAACAACCCGGCGGCAGCAGCGAUCACCCCGGGGCUGGUAGGACAUCUCUUUGGUGCUCAGCAGGCCUGCAACCUCGCCUGCACUUGCUCUUGCAACAUCGUUGCUAACUGCAACCCCCAUCAUCAUCAACACCACCAUCAGCAGCAACAUCAGCAGCAGCAACAGCAGCAGCAGCAUCACAGGACACUCGGUACCACGGCGGUCCUGCUGCAACCAGUUGAUCAUAUCAAAGACACUAUGGUGAGUGUCCAGGAAUUCCAGUACGCACGCGGGACGGGCGCGUCCCUGACGAUGAGGGGUAGUGACGAGCUUCUAUCGCAAAGCGGGGCAGUCAGCAAUGGUGCUUCAAUGAGUCCGCAACCUCAUCACGCAGCCGACAACAACAAUGACGCCAAGAAGGUUAAGCUCGACAAGAGUCACAGCGGCAAACCUUCCAGAGUCAUUCAUAUCAGGAACAUACCUAACGAGGUGACAGAGGCAGAGAUCAUCCAUCUAGGUCUGCCGUUCGGCCGUGUUACCAAUGUACUUGUUCUCAAGGGCAAGAAUCAGGCGUUUCUUGAAAUGGGGGACGAGAAUGCUGCGGCAACCAUGGUGAACUAUUACGCUACCGGCGUGGCUCAACUCAGAGGUAGAGCAGUCUACGUGCAGUUCAGCAAUCACCGUGAACUCAAGACGGAUCAAACGCACUCCAACAACGCGGUCAGUAGCCCAACAAAUGAUGUCGCCAACACCUCUGAGAAUUCGAACAGCCAGGUCGCGAUCGCUGGACAAAAUCAGGUAUCCGGACCUGGCGAGACUCAGGGCGGACCCAACACCGUACUCCGAGUCAUCGUGGAGCACCUGCUCUAUCCGAUCACUCUCGACAUACUCUAUCAGAUCUUCACGCGCUAUGGCAAGGUCCUGAAGAUUGUCACCUUCACAAAGAACAGCUCCUUCCAGGCACUAAUACAGUACGCGGACAUGCUGUCGGCGCAGACCGCUAAAUUCUCGCUCGACGGGCAGAAUGUCUACAACUCUUGCUGCACGCUGCGCAUCGACUAUAGCAAAAUGCAAAAUCUGAACGUUAAGUACAAUAACGACAAGUCCCGGGAUUACACCAACCCGAAUCUUCCGACCGGCGACGCCAGUUUGGAUGCGGCAUCGCUCGCUCUUGGCGGCGAAUUGCUGCUCAUGGGUGCCGGUUCCCAACCGCGUGCCAGAAUACCCGAGUCCAUUGCAGGGGCACCGGGUGUGCUGCCCACGCCCUUUGCCAUGCACGGUCUCGCUUCGCCCUUGGCCGGCCCUUACAACGGCGUACCUCCAGCCGGCGGACUUGCCGGUCUCGGCGGAUUCCCUCUUGGCGCGGCUGGUCUAGGUGUCCGGGUCCAAGGAAGCGCGCAAGCAUCGGCCGUUCUGCUCGUCAGCAAUCUCAACGAGGAGAUGGUCACGCCUGACGCUCUCUUUACCCUGUUUGGCGUUUACGGGGAUGUACAGCGUGUGAAAAUCCUCUACAACAAGAAAGACUCGGCACUAAUACAGAUGGCCGAACCUCAUCAGGCGCUUUUAGCACUAACCCAUAUGGACAAGUUAAGAGUGUUUGGAAAGCAAAUCAAAGUAAUGCUCAGCAAACACCAAACGGUUCAAUUGCCAAAAGAAGGUCAGCCAGACGCGGGCCUCACGAAAGAUUACACCAACAGCACCCUUCAUCGAUUCAAAAAACCCGGCUCGAAAAACUAUCAGAAUAUCUAUCCGCCGAGCUCGACCCUGCAUUUAUCAAACAUUCCGGCUACGGUAGCGGAGGAAGAGAUCAAGGAUGCUUUCACCAAGAACGGCUUCACCGUGAAAGCUUUCAAGUUCUUCCCGAAGGACAGGAAGAUGGCUCUCAUACAAAUGCCUAACAUGGACGAUGCCGUGGCUGCGCUGAUCAAAAUGCACAACUAUCAGCUUAGCGAAUCCAACCAUCUCAGAGUGUCGUUCUCCAAGAGCAACAUCUAACAAGAAUCGCCACCGUACGAGCAGCAAUGGUACCAGCCAUACGCCCUAGUUCCCCUUUGGUCACCCGCUUCAGUCUACGACUGAUGGUCACGUAGUUGGAUCCACUCAGGUGCUCGUCCGUUCCUGCGAGAGUCGCUACGCUGUUGCUGGCCUGCACUGCGCGUGCAACCCAUGCGAGACUGCGUCGUACUCGGACUUUGAAGCAGCACAAGCGGACAGGAGCUACCUCGUCCGAGCGAGCUUAGGAUGUUUUCGAGGCCUUGCCCUUGUUGUUGGGACGUCUAUAUGGCACGCACCUAUUUUCGCAUCCGGUUGAUUCUGACGAUUUGAGGGGUGUUGCUAGGGUGUUUCGAGAUGUACCAGGGCUGCAAGCGCUCAAAUUAAACGAUGAAGAGGCAAAUUCGCGACGGCCUUCUCGAAGGUAGUUUCCGGUGCUGGCUUUCGAGCGUAUUAACGCGACAGUUUCAUAAUUUUAGAAAUAUGUGAGGAAUUUAGGAACAGACAAGAAUCGUGAGAAAGGAAAGGAGAGAGAGAGAGAGAAAGAGAAAGAGAAUAAUUCUUAUUAUUAUUCUUAUGAAAGCCAGGACCGUCGCAGGAAGAGAGAAACACAAAGAGAGAAAGUGAGAAAGAGAGAGAGAUAUACAAAAUAAAACAAAGAGCCUAGCAGCUGGGCAUACAUAGAGAAAGCAUGUGUAAGAGAGGGAAGAGAGAUUAGGAUUAGACGGGAGCGAGGAAACAGCACAGUGGCGAACAGUCCUCGACUCUUGUACAGAGUUAACGCUAGGAAAGAUAAGCUAUAUUAUUAUACAUGUAAAAUUCAUGCUCGCGCGGCCCAAACCGCUACAGUGAUUACGGUUAAGAAUUUUUCAAAGUUACGUGGACACAAGGGCGACCAUCUCGCGAUAAGCGCGCGCGACGGCGUCCGUAUAUCACAGUUCGGAAAUAGGUCUCCGUCGUUGACGUGCUCGUUCGACGAGCGGACUCGAGGAGAAAAGCCAAGUGGGAACAAAUGGACCGCGAGGUAUCUCACGACGAUCGUCGUACGUUCACGCGUGACGCGACGGCCGACUACCGUGAACCAACAGCGUUUACCACGAGACAAUCUUCAUUCUUCUGACGACCAAACACACAUGCGACCGAGCGUACUUCUUCGUGGCUUCCGUUCUGUUUCGAGGGCGAGAUAAUACGGUCGACGAGGCUGACCGAUCGAGUACGACGGGAACAACGUGUUUUAAUUGAUCGGGUAUCUAAGUAAGAAAAUGGCCAAUGUCACGGGACCUUUUGCAUGCUUUCACGAGGUACUACUACUUCGCCGACGAACCGAUCGCCCUCGUUGAUUUUACGUCGCGAGAUUGGCAGCGGCCGAAAUUGAGAGGAGAGUUGAAAGCGGCGGAGCGCCGAAUCGGUCUUCAAAAUUCUUCCCGUAUCCAUUAUUUAUCGCGAUUGGUUGGUCCGUUCGUAAGGCGGAAGCGAAGCAAUUAUCAAAGUCGUUCGUUGCGUGCUGAGAGCAAUCCUAAUUGGGGUAUGCUACUCCGAACGUAUCUGGCCCGCUCGACCUAUGUUUUAUGUUUCUUCGCGGGGCAUGUUUCUCGUUCCCGAAGGUACCUGCAGUAUUCUCGACUAUCCGGCGAAGUCGAACGCUUCUUAGGGGAAGAUCGAGCGGUGCCUGAAUGUUCAAUGACCGAGGCGAGUUCUCCGCUCCGCAGGCCCACGUGACGCGUUUACGCGCGUCAUCGUACGGUCGUCGCAGAUGGCAUUUUUAUAAUUUGUACGUUUCAGUUUGGAGAUAAGUAUUAUAACGCACCCGCACACGUAUCCGCGUCUUUACGAGACCGUACAAUUAUACAGUUAUACGUACACGGACACAAGCCACACAUACAAUCACGCAUGCGCCGCGCGCGAAGAUAAAUAUUUCGACCGCCCUCUGAUUUACACACGCGCACAUACACACACACACACACACACACACACACACACACACACACACACAAAUACACACAGACGCAUAGAUACAACUGAAUGCGCGCAGAUUUCUUAGUUAGAAUAGAUGCUUAGGCAUGUGUUAGGAUCUUAAUCGUAUAGUAAGCGACUAGAUAAGUAAUUGACUAGGAGAGGAAGGAGUGAACCGUUGAACAUAUCGCUAAUUAAAAAGUUUGCAACGUACGGGGCGCGCGCGGAAAGUUGGUGCCGGUCGUAGCGGAUCAACGAGUGGCACUCAGGAUACCUCGAGAAUAGUUCGCAUCUCGAUGGACAAUAUUCGAAGAAGAGAGAGGUACUAUCAUGUCUCUGUGCCAACGAUAGAUCCAUUGUUUGACGAGCUUUGAUCCAUCCUAUCGAGAGAGUUCCUGAUAUCAAAGCAUUCCUUCAGUAGUCGGCGAUUGUGAGGGUUCCCCGUAAAUACAAGCGAAUAUCUCGAGGAAGCAUCACACAUGUGCAGAUUGGUAUUCGAGAAGGCGAAUCAUCGUUCGAUUAAACGAACCAUUUGCAACGUUGAGUUUUCGUUGGACAAAGUGUUGAAGAGAAAAGCAAAGUAAUAUAGCAAGUAAUAGCUAGAAUCGUAUUUACGGGGAUUUAGUAGAACUAUGCAAGAUCGAUUGGGGUGAUUUUCGAGAUAUCUGAGGUGUCCUCGUCGAGAAGCGCGAGACGGAAUUUAGAUCGGGCGUCGCGACGUUGAGGACAAUUGAUCUUGUUUCUAUUAAGAAUGAGAAUCCUGAAAUCCUUAAACGUAACGUGCCGCGCGCGCGCCGGCGAAGCCCACGGGUUUCUGUCUAAUCGACGUUCUGUUGGAGUCAAUUAAAUUUUACUGAUAUAACAUAACUGAUCGUAGAGAGAAUUAGGAAAAGGAUUAGUGUGCGUUGGAAGGAGACUGUUAUGCAAAGGCGUAACUGAACGAGCGAGAGGAAGGGAGAGAAAGGGAGAGAGUAAUUGCGCGAAUGCGAGAGAAAGAGAGAAACGGAGCGAAAGAGUUGUAUUCACGUCGAGUAUAGUGUCGCGCGACUUUGACGGAUAUUAAACUAUAUAAAAGGGUAGAAAGAGGAGUUUCUCCAAGCCGAGAACCGCGCAGCGACCUACAAGGCAGGGGGAAUGACGAAACUGUGAA